AUGAAUAUCAUAUUGACCAUUGUGUUUGGAAAGGAAAUCACUGGAAUCGAUGAUCCCCUGUUCAAAAGAAUUGAUAAUUUGGUAAUGAGGAAUGCAAAAUUCGUAAAUAUGACCGAUAGAUUGUCAGACUUUUUUCCAAUUCUCAAAUAUUAUCCGAUGCUCGGUCAAAAGAAGGAAGCGUAUGCAAUUCGGGAUGAAAUUGAAUCCGUCUAUGGAAGUAUUUUCGACGAAAUAAAAAGUGAUAAGUGUAAAAAAUCUUGUUUUGCCAGAGACUUAUGGGAAAAGCGGGAAGAAGAGAACAUGAAUGAGCUUGAUAUCGUUCAUCUUUCGAGUAAUCUUGUUUUAGCCGGAACUGACACCGUUUCAGGCAGUGUUACUUGGCUACUUGCUGUUCUUGCAAAUAAUCCACAAAUUCAGAUAGAUGUUCAUAAAGAACUUGACGAAGUUAUCGGUCACAUGCGCCUUCCUAAUUACACGGAUUCCUGCAUGCUUCCAUACACACGGUCCAUUAUACGCGAGGGUCAACGAUUUUGUCCGCCCGUAUUCGCCGCUGUACCACAUUAUAUCGAACAAGAUGACGAAUACAUGGGGUAUCACAUUCCUAAAAACUCAUUUGUGAUUAUUAAUAAUCACGCUACUUCGUUCGACCCGAAAAGACAUUCGGAUCCUUACGUGUUUGAUCCUAAGAGGUGGUUGAACGUAAACUUGACAUCGGCCGCUCUUGCGAACGGACCACAAGAGAAGAGAGAUCAUUUCAGUUUUGGAGGGGGCAGAAGGACUUGCGUAGGAAUUAAUUUGGCUGAAUGUGAAUUAUUUGUCAUCUUUUCUCGUCUUCUUUGGGCAUUCAAGAUAGAAAACGUUUCACCGCUAGGAAAAGAUAACCAACCGAUGCCAAUUGAUCUCAGCAAGGCUGUAAUUGAAUUGACCGUGUGGCCAGCGGAAUAUCAUAUCAGAUUAGUUCCCAGAGGUGAUUGGGUGAAGAAAAUUGUAUUGAGUGAAUGA